UAGGCAAGACUCGUCAUACAAUUGCAUAACACCAAAGGUUUUUUGGUAAAACACGAAUGAUACUUAAGAUUUGAUUAUGAAAUGUCAUUUUUGGGAUAGGCCUUUCACUUUCAUUUUGAGUAACUUACCAUAGGGACAACACCCUAUUUUCUCCAUAGAACCUGCGUUCAUUUUUUAGUGGAACAGUGGUGAAAAUGAAGGCCUCUGAUUUGCUCGGAGUGUGUGCACUUUUCCUGUCUGCUGUUUCCAGUGAUGGUGAAGAAGUAGUGUCAUUGUCAGUGUCUGUGAAGGGAGAUCCAGUCACUAUAAACACUGAUGUGACAGUAACCCCACAACAAAGAAUAAAAUGGUAUUUUAAUGACACUCGCAUCGCUCAAAUAAUUGGAGGUCAGAGUUAUAUCUGUACAGAUGCUGAGUGUCCUGAGACAUUCAGAGACAGACUGAAGCUGGACAGUCAGACUGGAUCUCUGACCAUCAUGGACACCAGAACCACAGACUCUGGAGUUUAUAGACUACAGAUCAUUAGCAACACCAUCAGUGACAAGAUCUUCAAUGUUACUGUCAUUGGUACAUCUGGUGCGGAUAGAGACGUGUGUGUGAUGGAGGGAGAUUCAGUCACUCUACACACUGAUGUAAAAACAAACCAAAAUGACAGAAUGAAAUGGUUUUAUAAUGACACUCGCAUCGCUCAAAUAAUUGGAGGUCAGAGUUAUAUCUCUUCAGAUGCUGAGUGUCUUGAGAGAUUCAGAGACCGACUGAAACUGGAUCAUCAGACUGGAUCUCUGACCAUCACAAACAUCAACAUCACAGAUGCUGGACAAUAUAAACUACAAAUCAUCAACAGCAGCACCAGUAGCAGCAGCGAAAAUAUCUUCAUUGUUGCUGUUUGUGAUGUUCCUGCUGCUGAACGAGAUAAAAUUACGUCAGUGAAGGAGGGAGAAUCUGUCACUUUAGAUCCUGGUGUAGAAAGAAAAGCAAAUAAUGUGAUGACGUGGAAUUUUAAUGACAUUCUCAUUGCUGAAAUCAAUGGCCAUCAGAGUGAGAUCUGUACAGAUGAUCAGUGCAAAGAGAGAUUCAGAAACAGACUGAAGCUGGAUCAUCAGACUGGAUCUCUGACCAUCACAAACACCAGAACCACAGACUCUGGACUUUAUAAACUGGAGAUCACUAGCAGCAGAUUCAGCAUUCGCCGUCGUCGUCGGCACACCAUCAGCAUCGCCAUCACCAGUGUGAAAAGCUUCAAUGUUUCGGUCACUGAUCCAAGUUUGUCUUCAGGUGCUAUUGCAGGAAUAGUUCUUGCUGUUCUGUUUGUGGCUGCUGCUGCUGUUGCUGCUGCUGUUGUUGGUGCAGUUUACAAUUGUAAAAAGAACUUUACACCAGUACAACAGGAUGAUAACCUGUAGAAGAGUGCUCAGAUUGACACCAUACAGGGAUACUGUAGACUGAAGAAUUGGUCACGCCGUGACAAGUGACAUGAUCCUGUUCAAUUUCAGUGAAGAGCUGUCAACUGCUGAUGACACGCGACAAUGACAUUUGGCGAAAGGAGUGUCCAGCCAAGUUGAGAUAAGAGCACUUUAUGCAAAUGAGUUUUUGAAGGACAUGUUUUUAUAUGAUCAUAUGAACGAGAAGAACUCACACAGGAAACGAGAAGAAAAAUUAAGAGAAACCGUGUGAUGAUUUCAGUAGCAAGUACCAGUACUAGAGGAUGACCGAUUGAUUGGCUUGUAUUCAGCACUGAUAGCAGGUUGCUGGAACAAUCCGUUAUUGGUAAAAAUAGCAGAGCGAGAGCAGCCUCUAGAGGCGAAUCACUGACACCACAUGCUGUUUGUUUUGACACUUAGGCCAGUUUCACGUAAAUAGCUGCGUAUUUUUUCGCCGCCCAUCUUAACAGAUUAGAGCAUUCAAACCACAUGCAGAGGCAGCACGUAGUAGAGGAGCAGAGCAGAACUGGCAAUGCCGCGAUCAUUUCGGCACUGGGUCUAUUUUUGCUGCGCUGCUCACGUUGAAUUAAAGCCACAGUGCAUUGUUCAUAGUCAAAAUAGACCUGAGUUAACACUAAAAAUAAUAAAUUUCACCAUGAAAUCAUACAAGCGAGGUGUUUUGUGUUUCACAAUCACCAUGAAAUUCAGUGCAGUGAAAAAAAUAAAAUACACGAAAAUGUUUCUUUUUUCCAGAAGCACUGCCAGAAGUUUUUGUCCAAACUUCAUAAUU